CCCUCCCUCCCUCCCGUUGGACACACCGACCCCCAAAUCGGCAAAUCCUAUUCGCUCCGCCGCCGCCGCCGCCGCCGCCGUCGCCGGCGAUCCUCCACCGAGCCGGCCUCUCUCCUCCCUCGCCGGCGGCCUCCUCGAACGACGUUCGUCCCCCACCCUCCGACACACUCUGUCUACACGCGCGCGGCCGCUGAAUCCUCGCGCCUCAUCACCCCGUGCUGGGGGGUGCCACCACUGAGGCGGCGGAGGCGGCGGGGGAGGGGAGGGGGAGGAUCUCCGGUUCCUCCGCCGGCGCAUGCGGUCACUGGUGGUGGGUGGGAUUCAUCGGGCCCCUCUCGCGCGCGGGGUGGAGGGGGGGAAGUGAGGCCGGGCGGCGGGAAACCCUAGCUCCGGGGCGGUUAUGGCGGAGGGGGAGCUGGGGCAGCAGACGGUGGAGCUGGGCGCGGUGGUGCGGCGGGCGGCGGAGGAGUCGUACCUCUCGCUGCGGGAGCUCGUGGAGAAGUCGCAGGACGAGGGCGAGGGGAAGGGUGGCGCCUAUGGCGCGCGGCAGCGGUCCGACUCCGAGAAGAAGAUCGACCUGCUCAAAUUCAUCGCCCGCACCCGCCAGCGCAUGCUCCGCCUCCAUGUCCUUGCCAAAUGGUGCCAACAGGUUCCAUUGGUUAAUUAUUGUCAACAGCUUGGAUCAACUCUCUCCAGCCAUGAAACAUGUUUCACACAAACAGCUGAUUCGCUGUACUUUAUGCAUGAGGGGUUGCAGCAAGCUCGAGCUCCUAUGUUUGACAUCCCUUCUGCUUUAGAAGUCAUGCUUACAGGAAACUAUCAAAGAUUGCCAUUAUGUAUAGAAGAUAUAGGAAGCCAAAAUAAACUUUCUCCGGAUGAAGAGAAGCGUGCUUUACAGAAGUUGAAUGCAAGCGUGCGGUACAAAGUUCUUGUGACUCCAAGACCCAAAGAAGUUUCUAAUGUUUCAGUAGCUGAUGGAAUAGCUGUUUUUCGUGUGGAUGGAGAAUUUAAAGUUCUUCUUACACUUGGUUAUCGUGGCCACUUAGAUUUAUGGAGGAUUUUGCAUUUAGAGGUACUUGUUGGUGACAAAGGCGGGCCUAUUAAGCUAGAAGAGAGGAGGAGAUUUGCACUUGGUGAUGAUAUAGAAAGACGAAUGGCAGUUUCUGAGAAUCCCUUCAUGGUGCUGUAUGCCAUACUUCAUGAGUUGUGCAUCUCACUUGCUAUGGACACUAUCAUUAGGAAGACCAAUGUUCUUCGGCAGGGAAGGUGGAAAGAUGCAAUAAGAUCUGAGCUUGUCUUAGAUAGCACCACAGGGCAAACUGGGAGUGCUCCUCUAAUGCAGCUUGGUCAGGAUGGGGAAUAUGAUUUGAGUGGUUCUAGGAUACCUGGCCUAAAAAUAAAUUACUGGCUUGAUGAAAAAGCUGGUGGCUCAGCAGAAUCUGAUUCAUCACCAUUUAUCAAAAUUGAGGCCAGGCAAGACAUGCAGAUAAAGUGCCAGCAUAGUUCGUUUAUACUUGAUCCUUUGACGGAUAAAGAAGCCAAUCUUUCUCUUGAUCUGUGUUGCAUUGAUGUUGAACAGCUCAUUUUGAGAGCAAUUGCUUCUAAUAGGCACACUCGUCUUCUUGAUAUCCAGAGACAGCUGUCCAAAAAUGUUCAAAUUUCUCAGUCACCAAAAGAUGUUAUCCUCAAACGAGAUGUUGAAAUAGCAAAGGACCCGGUGAAGAAAACAGAGCAAAAGGAUUUUGCAGAUUGUUGUGGAAAUGAGGUGCUUCAAGUGAGGGCCUAUGGUCAAGCAUAUAUUGGUCUUGGAAUAAAUAUCAGGAGCGGUCGUUUCCUCCUCCAGUCGCCGGAAAACAUCUUACCCCCUUCUGCACUGCUAGAUUGUGAAGAAGCUCUAAAUAAAGGGAGUAUUACAGCUACUGAUGUUUUUGCAAGCUUAAGAACCAGGAGCAUCCUCCACCUAUUUGCUGCUACUGGAAGUUUUUUUGGCCUUAAGGUUUAUGAGAAGUCUCAAGGUACUCUAAAGAUUCCAAAGGACAUAUUGCAUGGUUCAGACCUGAUGGUGAUGGGAUUUCCACAGUGUGCAAAUGCCUAUUAUCUAUUGAUGCAACUUGAUAAGGACUUCAGGCCUGUUUUUCAUUUGCUUGAGACACAAUCUGAUGCAAAUGAUAAGACAAACACAAAUGCAUGCACAAAGGAAGCUUUGAGGUUUAAUAAGAUUGAUAUUGGACAGAUACAGAUUAGUAAAAGUGAAUCGAAUACAAAUAUGUUUGAUGCGAAGCUGCAUGCCCUACAGAAUAUAGGGAAUUGUGAUGACGUAAUGGAAAAUAGACUCCCCAUUCAAAGUGGCAUUGAGCCUCUUCCACUGCUGCCUGCUUGUUCACCAUCGUUCUCUUCUGUUGUUGAUGAAGUUUUUGAAUAUGAACACGGGGCUCUUGCUGUUCCAAACCAUUCUUUGCCGCAAACUACUUUGCAGUCUACCUCUCAUCCAGGUUCUCUUUCUGUUGGUUUUCAAGGAGUAGGUACUAGAGCUAAUGCAUCAAUUGAAGGGGCCUCAUCAGCUUACAGUGGAUCAAAAUUUUCUCCCGGGGUUGGUUUGAACAGUUAUUUACCAAGUAAUUUGAGACAUGUACAAAGUACAAACGCCUUUUCCUCAAGCACUGUAACAAAAUCAUCUUCAAUCAAGUUGCCAAGUUCUAAUUCUAAUCAUGAACUGAGCUCAUUGAGCUCUCCAACUGAACAUGUGAUUGCUGAUGGAAGUAAAUCACUUCAGCUCGUCCCUGCAAGCAAGAUUAAUGGAUCAAUCAACCUUAUCACUAUGGGCUCUGAUGGUGCAUCUAGAAAGCGUUCUAUUUCAGAUUUAUUUCUGAACCUCCCUUCAUUGCAAGGAUUGAAACCCAGUAGCCCAAGGAAGCGAAGAAGAAUAUCAGAAUCAAUGGAGAGUUGGUCUCCUUUGCAAGCAUAUUCAUCAGACUCACAAUCAAGAACAAGCCUCACCUACGGAAAUAUUCUGGCUGAAAGAAAUAAUUGUGUCCCAGCAACUACAUAUGCUUCGGUGCUACUACAUGUCAUAAGACACUGUUCAUUGUCCAUUAAACAUGCUCAAAUAACUGCCCAGAUGGAUUCUCUUGCCAUUCCAUAUGUUGAAGAAGUGGGCUUACGAUCACCAUCCUCUAAUCUUUGGCUAAGGUUACCUUUUGCUCGGGAUGAUUCUUGGAAACACAUAUGCUUACGCCUCGGCAAGGCUGGAAGUAUGUCUUGGGAUGUUAGGAUAAACGAUCCACAUUUUAGGGAACUCUGGGAGCUAAGUACAGGAAGCACCACAACCUCAUGGGGUGUUGGUGUUCGUGUCGCAAACACCUCUGAGAUGGAUUCGCAUAUCUCUUUUGAUGCAGAAGGUGUUAUUUUAACUUACAGCAAUGUUGAACCAGACAGUGUUCAGAAGCUUGUGUCAGAUCUACGAAGGCUUGCAAAUGCCCGUUCAUUUGCCCGUGGAAUGAGGAGAUUGAUUGGUGUCAAACUUAAUGACAAGCUAGAUGAUGAUCAGACAUCUACGGAUAUAAAGUCGCAGCCUGUUAAUAAGGGUAAUAGUGAUGCUGCAGACAGGCUAUCUGAACAAAUGAGAAAGACUUUCAGGAUUGAAGCUGUUGGCUUAAUGAGCUUGUGGUUCAGUUAUGGCACAAUGCCUAUGGUACACUUUGUUGUUGAGUGGGAAAGUGCUAAGGGAGGCUGCACAAUGCAUGUUUCUCCUGAUCAGCUUUGGCCACACACAAAGUUUUUGGAGGAUUUCGUGAACGGUGGUGAGGUAGCAUCCUUCCUGGACUGCAUUCGGCUGACAGCAGGGCCUUUGCUUGCCCUUGGGGGUGCAAUUCGUCCAGCAAGAAUGCCUGUAACGGUUUCUUCUGGAUACAACUCCAUGCCAAAGCAGAUGAACAACAUCCCCACCCAGGGACCAUUAGCAAAUGGUUCAUCAUCAACAACCAUGCAUCACGCACCUUCCCCCGCAAAUGUUGCUGCCACCCAUUUGGGAAGUCAUAAUCUCCACACUGCUGCGAUGCUUUCCGCUGCUGGACGGGGUGGGCCUGGACUUGUUCCUAGUUCUUUGCUGCCCUUUGAUGUUUCUGUUGUGCUCCGUGGGCCAUACUGGAUACGCAUUAUAUAUCGGAAGAAAUUUUCUGUUGACAUGCGCUGUUUCGCUGGGGAUCAGGUUUGGCUACAACCAGCAACUCCUCCUAAAGGAGGACCUCUGGUUGGUGGAUCGUUGCCGUGCCCACAAUUUCGACCAUUCAUAAUGGAACAUGUUGCUCAGGGUCUAAAUGCUCUUGAACCCAGUUUCAUGAAUGCUACACAGGCCGGUGCGCAUUUAAAUAGCAGUGCUGGAACUCUGCAACCUGCACCCAAUGCAAAUCGUGUAAACGCGACUCAAGGUAUUGGUAUGUCCAGGCCUGCUUCUGGAGUUGCUAACCAUGUAGCAGCCAAUUUGAGUCGAGCAGGUAAUGCCAUGUUGGCCUCUUCAGGACUUGCUUCAGGGAUUGGUGGGGCCUCUGUGCGACUAACAUCUGGAGCUAACCUCCCUGUUCAUGUGAAAGGAGAGCUGAAUACAGCUUUCAUUGGGCUUGGGGAUGAUGGUGGCUACGGUGGUGGUUGGGUUCCUUUGGCAGCUCUCAAGAAGGUUUUAAGAGGGAUCCUCAAGUACCUUGGAGUUCUAUGGUUGUUUGCACAAUUGCCUGAACUUCUGAAAGAGAUACUGGGGUCGAUUUUGAAGGAAAAUGAGGGUGCUCUCUUGAAUUUGGAUCAAGAGCAACCUGCACUCCGGUUCUAUGUGGGAGGUUAUGUAUUUGCAGUUAGUGUUCAUCGGGUUCAAUUGCUUCUACAAGUUUUAAGCGUCAAGCGAUUCCAUCACCAGCAACAGCAGCAGCAAGCUCAGAACAGUGCACAGGAAGAGCUAGCUCCACCUGAAAUCAACGAGAUAUGUGAUUAUUUCAGCAGGCGUGUUGCCUCUGAACCAUAUGAUGCUUCCAGAGUUGCUUCAUUUAUCACUUUGCUUACACUACCGAUUUCAGUGCUGCGAGAAUUUUUAAAACUAAUUGCUUGGAAGAAAGGUUUCUCCCAGGCUCAUGGGGACAUGGCCACUGCUCAGAGAGCCCGGAUUGAGAUUUGUCUGGAAAAUCAUUCAGGGUCAGUUUCAGAUGAUAUCACAGAAAGCACUUUGGCUAAGAGCAAUGUUAAGUAUGAUAGAGCCCACAGUUCUCUAGAGUUUGCUCUGACCUUUGUACUUGAUCAUGCUCUCAUUCCUCAUAUGAAUGUAGCUGGCGGAGCUGCCUGGCUUCCGUAUUGUGUAUCCGUACGACUAAAGUAUUCUUUUGGGGAAAGCAACCAUAUAGCAUACCUUGCAAUGGACGGUAGCCAUGGUGGCAGAGCUUGCUGGUUGCAAUACGAGGACUGGGAAAGAUGUAAGCAGAAGGUCGCCAGGGCAGUGGAGACUGUGAAUGGCUCUGUUGCGGUUGGAGAAUCAGGCCAAGGAAGAUUGCGAAUGGUCGCCGAGAUGAUCCAAAAGCAACUUCAGCUCUGUCUUCAGCAGCUGAGAGAUGGUCCUCUUUCUGCUGGCUCAACUGCAUCAUGAGCAGACAAGUCUGUUGGGGGAAUUUAGUGGCCAGGUUAGAGAAUUUUGUCGCAACAGUUUGUCUCAUUGAGUGCUGGGGAUAGUCUCAGCGCCAAAGGCUCUUAUUGUUAUGAAUGUUUUGUACAGUAAAGGUGUGAAGCCCUUGUGUUGCUUAACCUAGCCCCUUCCUGUAACAUAGAAAAUGUGGGUAAUAAUGCACCUAGGUGUGGUUGCUCAUGGACUUCAGCAGUGCAAAUUCAGCAUAGAUCUGUCCAUACAGAAUUUGUUAUUCCUUUUAUCAGAAGGGAGCUGGUGUUUUUGUUGCUGUUAAUUUAGACAUUUUAUCAGGUUUGAGCAGUGUAGUGUACAUUAUAUAUAAUAUACUGGACUUGGACUAGCAUUCUGUUUGUAAAAUUAGUACUCCCAGUAAAACUAGGCUUUUUGUGCUGUAUACUAAUUCUUCUUUUUUGUGUUGUCUGGCGUAAUAAAGAAUUCACUUCAUUGUUUCA